GAGAAAGGAUGGCGGUCUCUUAAGCUUGCCAUUCUCACAUAGUUCUACAUUCAUUAUGGGGUUUGAUAUAUUUCCGGUUUGAUUGUUUCGGUUUCUCUAUUGGCUGGGGGGGGGGGCGAAGGAAGACUGAAAACCGGACCCUCGGAAGGUGGAAGUACGUGCGCAUGCGCAGACCGGGACGGUGUGUUACUUAGUCAUUGUCCGACCGAGGGGGAUUCCUGCCCUCAAGAGCCAUCGAGCUGCCAGGAAGGAGGAGUCGGCUAAGAGUCUGCGAGCGUUUCGUGCGCCUGCGCCUUGGGUCCCCUCCGUUCUCUUUUCCCCGCCCUUUCGCCAGUUCAAUCUCCGAGGUGUGAAAAAAAAAAUAGAAACAAAGCUAUGAGAGACCGAACGCAGGAGCUGAGAGAGAAAGAUGAUGAAUCCGACAAUGAAGAUGUUGAACGUGUGGCUCUUGUCAUACAGCGUGGAUCAGCAAAACACAACUCCCCUGAUCCUACUGAUGAAUUUUUCCAAAUGACACGUGGCAUCCGUGAAGCCUUGAAGAAACUGGAAAGCAAAGUGAAGGACCUAGAGAAAAACCAGACUACAAUCAUGGCUUCACCCAUCCCCGAUGACAACAUGAAGCAAGGCCUACAAAAGCUGCGCGAAGAGAUUGAGCAGUUGGCGAAAGACACCAGAGUCCGUCUGAAGAAAAUUGAGCCUACGAAGGAGGAACAAGAUGAGAACAGAAAUUCAUUCAACAACCGAAUGAAGAGAAAUCAGCAUGGGAUCCUUUCCCAACAAUUCUUGGAUCUCAUCAAUAAAUGCAACACCAUACAGUCUGACUACCGAGACCGAAAUCUGGAGCGCAUCAAACGGCAUCUACAGAUUACUGGUAGCACGGUGGUAUCUGAUGAACAGCUGGAUCAGAUGCUGGAGAGCGGUCAGACAGAAGUAUUUAUUUCAAAUCUCAUGAAGGACACCCAAGUGACAAAGCAGGCUCUGAACGAGAUCGAAACCAGACACAGUGAAAUUCUGAAAUUGGAGCGCAGUAUCCAGGAGCUGCAUGACCUGUUUAUGUUCCUGGCUACAGAAGUGGAGCUGCAAGGAGAAACGAUUGACAGGAUAGAGAAGAACAUUCUAGACUCCGGGGACUACGUCAAGAAAGGGCAGCAGCACCUUCACACAGCUCAGGAGAAUCAGAAGAAAGCACUCAAGAAGAAGUUCAUGAUUGGCAUCUGCUUGACCAUCACAGCACUCAUCAUUAUUAUCAUCAUCAUCCUGGCCGUUACACUUUAGAAGGACUCCCCACUGGUGUCUUCCUUCAUGCUGCAUGAUCAAAGCCUGGCGGAUUUCUGCUGAGCCUCAUCUCUAUCCUGGAAUUGUUCCCCCAUCACUGGGGAGGCCUUUGCACUACAGAUGACCGGUAGGGCCCCUCCAGUCUUGAAAGCACAUGCUGCCUACGCCUAGAAACCUCCCUUACGUUCAAAACCACGUCCAGGUGCCUAUAACAGUCAUAACGGUCUCUGCUCCUUUGGUUUUGACCUUUCUGGUUUAUUUUUGAAAGGUUUUCCUCAAUGUAUAUUGUAGUCUUGACUCAUCCUUGUGGAAACUGUAAUCAGUCGCUUCCGUGAAAGUAUCCUCAAAGAAAGAAUCCUUUUUUUGUUGUUGUUGUUUAUUCUUGUAAAGACGCAACAAAGCAACUCCACAAGCAAGCCUAGUUUUCCUUUUACUGAUCAUGGCACUUCCCCCCCACCCCCAGUUCUCUCCCAGGGCCGGCUUCAGCACCUUCCUCAACCUGUCACAGUUCAUGCCGUGUCACUUUUAAAAAAAUGGCUCCUCCCCACACAAAACUUUCUAUGUUCACCAGAGAGCAAAGGAAGAUAAAAGAUUAUUCUGCAGAGGUUGGAGCAGAUCCUUGAUCCUUCCCACCCUAUGCUCAGCCAUGCGGGGUGGAAAAUCUACUCUUCAUCCUGAGCUGGUUUGUUGGAUUUUUCUCCUUGUCUUAGAGAACACAACCUAUUUUGAUAAGAGUAUGGCAGACGAACGCAUCCUGGUUCAUUCUUGGCUGAAAUAUUCGGGUUGCCAAGCUAUUUUCCAAUUAUCUUUAGAGUUUUUGCUGUGUCUUUUCUCCACCUACGUGCCUUGGGAAAUCGUGUGCGUGCAACUGUUGGUCGUGACCACAAAUUACUUCAUUCUCCUUCUUGGAUCUUUUAGUCCUGAUAAAUAACCCAGUGCCAACUUUUAAAAGGAUUGAGAGUGAACUCUACAAACUUUGGCCCUUAUGGGGCUUGCAGAGAUCUGGAAUCCAGAUGGCCUAAAUAUCAUGUUCAGAGGUCUCUCGAACAUUCUAGCAAGGAGUAACGGUCAAGUCACCUGUUGUCUUUCCCCACACAAGUCUAGCUAAAUUAUGUUGGGAAAUCAUGAUACAAGUGGAAAUUAGUAUCUCCUGGUCCUGUCUCUAAAAAUCUAGUACUUUUGUAUUUUGGAAAAAAAUAUAUAUAUCAGAGAAUUAAGCUUCCCCCCCCCCCAAUUCCCUUGAAGUCUCAAUGUAUUCGAAAGUAGACUGACACAGAUUAUUUUGUAAUAUAAAAAUAAAAGCACUUUUAAAAACAGUUACAAAGUAG